AUGGAGGCGAACGUCGACGUUUUUUGGGCGCUCAGCUCAACAUUCGCCGUCAGCUCUCAGGCCGGCAUCAAACCCAACGAGGUCAUCUACGGUGUGCUCAUCUCCUCCUGGGCCAAGACCUCUCCAGAGCGGGCAGAGGGCUUGUUGCGGAGGAUGGUGGAGGAUCACUUGGUCCCGAACGUGAUCGCCUGCACCUCGGUGGUCAGUGCCUGGGCCAGGAAGGGCAAGGCCUGCCAGGCGCGGAGGGCCUUCGAGGACAUGCGCCAGGCCGAAGUGCAGCCCAACGUCAUUGCCUGGAACGCGGUGCUGGACGGCUACGCCAAGGCCGCGGAUGCUUCGAGGGCCUCCAGGUGCCUGCAGGAGAUGCUCGAGCACAAGGCCUCGCCGAACGCGGUGUCCUUCACGAGUUUGGUGGAUUGCCAGAGCCGCCAGGACGCGGCGGCGGCGGGGGAGUGGGUGCGGCGCAUGGAGCGUUGCUCGGUGCGGCCGUCGGCAGUGACCUUCACGGCGUUGCUCAGAGGCUAUGCCAGAUCGGGGCAAGUGGCAGAAGCAGCCGCCACGCUGCACAGGAUGGCCGCGAAGGGCUUGUCCCUGGACGUGGUGGCGUGGACCGCGAUGCUCGGCGCCUGCGCCGAGCGCUGGGACGUGGCGCUGUGUGCCUUGCGUCAGAUGCGGCAGCUGCAGGUCCUGCCCAACCAGAUCACUCUGCAAGCUCUGCGGCACGCUGGCAGGAGGGCGACGGGCGGCGAGGGCGACGGCGAGUGCUCCAAAGCUGGGCAGUCGCCAGUCAUUCUGGUUCCCCUGUGCUUCGCCUUUAGCCUCAGAGGCCCAGCAACGGCAUGGUGGCGCCGAGAGAUUCAGAUUCAGCCGGAGGGCUCUCUGAAGGAGACACUGGCAGGCCUGGCUAAGACCCACAUCUCUGUGCGGCCAUCCCCAGACAUAGAGGACCAGCUGAUACUCUUGCACGCAGACCCGGCCGUGCUGCUGAUCCCCAACCUUUGGAGACGUGAGGCCUGCGAGCAGCUUAUUGCCGUGGCGAGAGGCAGCGGUGCCAUGAGACAGUCGCACGCAACAGGCGUCAGCGAUGCAGAAGCGCAGGCCCUCCGAACCAGCGGCAGCGUGGUCAUGAAGCCUGAGAUGGCAAGGCGGUUUGGUGCAGAGCGCCUGGUCCGCAAGCUGUUUCGCGACCUCGCCGUGCUAGGAGUUGGAGGCCCGCAAAGCGGCUACGGAGAAUUUCCGCAGGUGGUGCGGUACGAGCACGGUCAGCACUUUGCUGAGCACCAGGAUGCCUUUAACUGGGAGCAAGUCCAGCAGGAUGGCUACCAGCGACAAGCAACCUUUCUCUUGUACCUGAACGAUGUUGAAAAGGGCGGCGCCACGAGGUUUCCAGAGCUGGGCAUAGAUGUGCAGCCGCGCUGCGGCCAGGGCCUGCUUUUCUUCCCGGCCUUCAAGGAUGGCAGGCAAGAUGUGCGGACAGCCCAUUCUGCAGAAGCGGCAGUUGACGAGAAAUGGAUUGCACAGGUGUGGAAGGGCAAGAAUGCAGCCACUUCCAGCCAGCUGGUCAGCUCAUUGCUAUCAGAGCACAUGGGUGCCGCCAUGGGAAACCUCCUCUCAGAGUGCAAGAGGCUCGCCGCUCCCUCGCCCUUCGCCGCUCCCUCGCCGGUGUGCCUUGCGUCAGAUGCGGCAGCUGCAGGUCCUGCCCAACCAGGCGCUGCCAAGAUCACUCUGCAAGCUCUGCGGCACGCUGGCAGGAGGGCGACGGGCGGCGAGGGCGACGGCGAGUGCUCCAAAGCUGGGCAGUCGCCAGGAAAACAGGACUGA